AUGCAUAGGAGUGGCACUUCCGCCGGCACUUCUACGCGCUUUAGCUGCUCAUCUCAUUCAUGCCAAAGAGAUAGAUGCGGCGCAUCAUGGUCAGACUAUUGUUGGCCCCAUGGCCCUGGAUAUUCAAGUCGGCCUAGCAUUGAGAAGUCAGGUAACAAGAGAAGGAUGCGGUCCCGUGAGAUGUCCAGUCAUACUCCUCCAAGUAUUGAUAAGGACUCAUACGCGGCUACUGUACGAAGAAGUACUGCUUUCACCAGUGAAGCGGGGUCGCAGUGCGGGGCAACAACAGAUGUGAACCUGCCUGUUCCUCCUUUUUUCUGUCAAGUCGGUCAUACAGCUGUAGAAGGAGAGUUGAUGGCGGGGGAUUGUCAUAAUGGGGGUAAAAAACUGAAAGGGUGCCCAUCACGUCGUACUGCGCCAUCCCCGCAGGCAGUCGCGGGGUAUUCAACCCUCUGCAAUCCGGUAAAUACUGUGAUCGCGGAAAAUCUUGGCGAUAACUCUGAGACGCCUACAAAAGUUUUGGAUCCCUCCGCACCCACGGCUUCCAGGGCCACUGCGAACGGCGGAAGCUGGCCCGUAACACCUCCGAUACUGAAGGGUGGUCUCGUAACACUUCGCUUCGCGUCCCCGGCGUCACGGAAGAGCGAUUUCACUCAGACUGUAGAUUCCCAUGCCGAAGUGCUGAAGCGGCUUGAACGGGAGCACAGGCGGCGCUGCGGUCGGGCGUUGUAUGUAUUACAGCAGAUCCAACCAGAUCCUUUGCGACCGCAUCGGCCGUCAGAUCACCACGACGUUUAUCUGCGAAAUUUACUCGCCCACGAUGAUAAUUUCGUGUUCUCUCGUGUUAAGGGAGAAGUGCGAGACGAUGGAGUCCAGUGGCUUUCUGUGUAG